CGGCAUUAGCGACAUUGCUUCGUUGCGAGCAUUGUUUGUGGGCAUCUACAGUUUGAGACAAAAGCUAUUUGGAGCAGUGGAACAAUUACGAAGUAAGUUUUGCGGAGCGGGUAGUUACUACUUCUUUUGGCGCGCUUCGAACAACAAUGACCCAGAACAAUCAACAGCCGAUGAGCCAGGCACAACUAGUAGGACGAAUCUUUUACAGUUUCAGACACGAACACCUACCGCAAUGUUACUCAGUAGUGAUGAAACUCCAGAGCCAACGAAGUUGAGUCAAUUGACAACUCCAUUACUGUGCACACCCGAAGAUCAACCUGUUUUGAGUUCUUCGAGUCACCUCCUAAGACGGGAGCAACAACGUAGGGCAUCUGCAUCAUCUGGUAGACAUGUUGCAACAUCCACCACCAUCGAUGACCCCGAAACAACCGCCGGCACGAGUUCUUCUUCCAAGUUCUA